UCUUUUUAUUUUUCCUGAGAACUUUCCGGCUUUAUGUGUUGAACCUAUACUUUUUUCACAUCUAUAUACGUGAUGGUGCCAUCUGUAUUUGCAUGAUACUGUUAGAUUCAGUUCGUUGUUUAAUGUUAUCUUUAAGACGAAGAAGAUGCCCGAAGAAUGGAGGUAGAGUACGAUGAUUCCUUUGUACAAGAACAAGGGUGAUAUCCAAAACUGCAAUAACUAUAGGGGUAUCAAGCUGCUGAGUCAUACUAUAAAAAUUUGGGAGAGGCUGGUGGAAGUCAGGGUGAGGAAGAGUGUCUAUUUCUGAGAAUCAGUUUGGAUUUCUGCCGGGGCGAUCGACUACGGAAGCCAUUCAUCUGGUGAGGAGAUUGGUAGAGCAGUAUAGGGAGAGAAAGAAGGACCUACACAUGGUGUUUAUAGACCUAGAAAAGGCAUACGAUAAAGUUCCAAGGGAGGUUCUGUGGAGAUGUUUGGAGGUUAGCGGCGUUCUGGUAGCUUACACUAGGGUAAUCAAGGACAUGUAUGAUGUCUAAAGGUUUCAAGUUGAGCAGGGCCAAAACGGAAUACUUGGAGUGUAAGUUCAGUGACGGGACUCAUGAAGCGGACGUGAAGGUGAAGCUUGAUACCCAAGUCAUCCCGAGAAGGAGUAGUUUCAAGUAUCUCGGGUCUAUAAUUCGGGGUAACGGGGAGAUUGAUGAUGAGGUCUCCCACCGUAUCGGUGCGGGGAGGAUGAAAGUAGUAGAAAUGAGGAUGCUGAGAUGGAUGUGUGGGCAUACUAGGAGAGAUAAGAUUAGGAACGAGGUUAUUCGGGACAAAGUGGGAGUGGCCCCCCUGGAGGCCAAGAUGCGGGAGUUGAGGCUGAGAUGGUUCGGGCACGUGCAGAGGAAGAGUACGGAUGCUCCUGUUAGUAGGUGUGAGAGGCUGGCCGUGGCGGGGCUGAGAAGGGGUAGAGGAAGGCCGAAAAAGUAUUGGGCAGAGGUGAUUAGGCAGGAUAUGGCGCUACUUCAGCUCACAGAGGACAUGAUCCAGGAUAGAAGGGUGUGGAGCUCGAAGAUUAAGGUAAAAGCAUGGGUUGCUGAAAAAGAUGCUGAAGCUUUGAGAUGCCAAAAGUUGCUUUUUGAGGAGGAAGAAGCUGCUCAAAAAAAGCAAGCUGAGCUAUUGGAAAGGAAAAAAGUGAAAAAGCUUCGACAGAAGGAACAGAAAGCAAAGGAGCAAUCAAUUGAGGAAAAGGGAAUUCUGGAGGCACCAGCUAAUAUUCCUGACGUAUCUGUGGGCAUAUCCACCUGUCUUGAAAUGGUUCAGUUCUCCAGCAAUGUAGAUACGAGCGUCGAAUCCCAGUAUGAUCUUUGUCACCAACACCUGGAUUCAGUUAAAGUUCAAAAUCUUGAACCCCGACCAGUGUCUGCCAAUAGUCGACGGCGUUUUGCCAAUUCCCAGUUGCAAGCACCAAAAUCGCAAAGGUUUGGGCGAAAUGGUGGUUUCCAUAACAAUCAAAAUCAUCAAGCAUUGAAAGCUGAGCCUAUACAGAAGCACAAGGACAGUGGUACCCCUGUUAAUAGCUGUAUGAUAUGGACAAGAAAAGUUAGAGUUGAAAGUGAUGAUACUUCAAUACUGGAGGUGCAGAAAGAGGACAUAGAUCAGAAGCAGAGGAACUCUGAAGUGAUAAUUGGUUCUAUAUCUGUUCCCGUGAAAGAUUGCAGCACUCAGCAGCAGGGAAGAGAUGAUUUUGGAAGCACAGAGCUUCGUAAAAAAUGCAAUGCUGUAGAGAAGCCAGCUAAGCAUGAUGCUCUUCAGAUUGGGUCAAAUAGAGCAGCUGCCAAGCUUUGGAGGCCUGUGAGGCAUACAGUUGGAAGACAAGAUCCUGAAGAAGAGGGUGUCAUGUCUUCAAAGUUUGAUGACGGAACAUCAUUAAAUGAAAAUAGUUUGCAGUCAUGUCCCGUGGACAGCUCUGGCAGUCGUAAGAAUUGUCAGGUUCCAGAUGGAAAUGCACAUCAAGGUUUGGGAUAUUCAAGUAUCGCUGCAAAAGCUUUUCUUGCUCAGAGAUGGAGGGAGGCCAUUGCUGGAGAUCAUGUCAGAUUAGUGCUUUCUCCUGACACUGAGUCUUCAGAGCGCCCGGAGGUGCCAAGUAGCAGUUCAGAAGCAGCCCCAGCAUCAGAUUCUGGGGAACAUGGGGUUGUUUCCAGAGCUGACACUGAGCUGACAAAAAAUGAAGUUCUUACUUCAUCUUCAAGUGGAAGCAUUAAGGUCAAGUAUAGGCCAAAGCCCGAAAAGGGUGUUAAGACAAUGUACAUUCCCAAGCAAAAAAACCAUCAUUUAGGAUAAAAGGUAACAUUCUUACUCAUACCCGAAUAUGCAGUUUCUAGCCAGUGCAGCAGAGGUUCCUUUUUAGCAGUGGUCUUCUGUGAGAGAGUUAAAAGAAAGGGUUUCUGGAGAAAAAUAGCUUGUAGUCCCAUCCUCUAGUUUGGGUCCUUACGCAUUUCUGGCUCGGGCAUUUGCGCCUUACAAUUUUGCCGUAAUAAGUUUGGGUUUCUUUUUGGUCUUAUUUGUCAAUUCUUUCCGCUCACCAGAUCUCAUGUUUGUCCAGACAAUGUAUGAAUACAAAUCAAUUUAUAAAAUGAUCCCAAAGAUUACAGAGCAGCCAUUUUUGUCUCUC